AUGGACGGGGCGGCUUGGAGCGGAGUCCUGGCCGCGUUGGUGGUUUGCUGGUUGGCGGUGGGCGCCGGGGGCUCCCCGACGCCGCCAUCCCCCGCGGGGGGAGCCCCCCCGGACACCUGCACGUCCUGCGGCUUCCGGCGGCCCGAGGAGCCGGGCAAGGUGGACGGGGAUUUCCUGGAGGCGGUGAAGCGGCACAUCCUGAGCCGGCUUCAGCUGCGGGACCGGCCCAACAUCACCCACGCCGUGCCCAAGGCGGCCAUGGUCACGGCGCUGCGCAAGCUGCACGCCGGCAGGGUGCGGGAGGACGGCCAGGUGGAGAUCCCCAGCCUGGACGGGCAGGCGAGCGGCGGGCCCCCGCUGCACGAGCAAGUGUCCGAGAUCAUCAGCUUCGCCGAGACAGAUGAUCUGGCCUCAUCUAGAGUCCGCCUCUAUUUCUUCAUCUCAAAUGAAGGGAACCAGAACUUGUUUGUCGUUCAAGCCAGCCUAUGGCUUUAUUUGAAGCUGCUUCCGUAUGUCUUAGAGAAAGGCAGCAGGCGAAAAGUAAGAGUCAAAGUCUAUUUUCAAGACCUGGACACUAGCAACAAGUGGAAUGUGGUUGAAAAGAAAGUUGAUCUCAAAAGAAGUGGUUGGCACACUUUUCCCAUGACAGAGGCGAUCCAGUCUCUGUUUGAGAAAGGAGAAAGGAGACUGAACCUGGAUGUUCAAUGUGAGGGCUGUGAAGAGUAUUCAGUGCUGCCAAUUUAUGUGGACCCUGGGGAGGAAUCACACCGGCCUUUUUUAGUGGUGCAAGCCCGAUUAGCUGAUAACAAACACAGGAUCCGGAAAAGAGGCCUGGAGUGUGAUGGCAGGACCAACCUAUGUUGCAGGCAACAGUUUUACAUUGACUUCAGACUCAUUGGGUGGAAUGACUGGAUCAUAGCGCCAUCAGGUUACUAUGGGAAUUACUGUGAAGGGAGCUGCCCAGCCUACUUGGCUGGAGUCCCAGGAUCAGCUUCCUCUUUUCACACUGCAGUAGUGAAUCAGUACCGCAUGCGAGGGCUGAACCCAGGCACCGUGAACUCCUGUUGCAUUCCAACCAAACUUAGCACAAUGUCAAUGCUGUACUUUGAUGAUGAAUACAACAUUGUGAAAAGGGACGUUCCCAAUAUGAUUGUGGAAGAAUGUGGUUGUGCUUGAUUUAAGGUGUGUUUCCGGGGGGGAGAAAGAGAACAUUCCUGUACUAGAUGGUAUUGGAGGAAGUUUCACUGUGUAUCCAGGCAUCGGUGUUAAGUCACUGUGGAAAAGUCUGGCCAAAAAAAAGUUUGACAUCGGUGUCAGGACAGUGACAAUUUGUGGAUCUUGGAUAUUUAAAUAGUCUACCACUUAUAAACUAAUGCUAUGAAAUACUUUACACACAC